UCAAUCACGUCGCGGGCGGGCAGCGCUUGGCGGUUUCAGAUCUGCCGAGCCUGUCGCUAGAUGGGACGUUUCAUCCACACGCCGGCUGCCUGCACGUUCUGCCGGUUCUCCUCGGAAGACGUAGGAAAGUCAUUAUCUUGAGGAGUGGCAAGGAGUUUUACGCAUAGAUUUGUGUUAUCUUGUCACAAGUCAUCCCCAGUCUAGAGCCACCGGCGGGCUCGCGUAAGGAUUGCAGCCGCGAGCCCGUGCCUAGGCCCCGGCCUGUGGGCACCGACCCUAUCGGAAGAGCAGCUACCCGCAUGCAGGGCACGUACAGUUCACCGUAAGAGAAAGAGCGAACAGAAACAAAUCCUGGGUAUAAAAACAUAAAGGAGAUUUCAAAUACAAAGUCAUGGAGGGGCAGAGGAAUGAGGCUUCGGGUUCUUCCCGGGGCAAGGAGAAGUCCGGCAAGUCAAAGAAGAGCCUGGACGAAGGAGAGAAGAAAACCAAGUUUACAUUUAAGAAGCUGAUCCCCGAUGAGCUGGAGCGAUUCACGAGUAUACGAAAGAAGGAAAAAGAGAAACCCACUGUUCAUAUGAAACACCCACCAAUGCCAAUUUAUGAACCCCAUUCUUCUCCACUGACAGACCUCACUGAUAAAGCGGUGCUGGAUCUGUUUGAGCAGAUGUUGCUUGACAUGAAUUUGAAUGAAGAAAAACAACAGCCAUUGAGAAAGAAAGAUUUAUCGAUAAAGAGAGAAAUGGUUUCACAGUACCUUCACACUUCCCAUGCUGGGCAAAAUAAGAAGGAAAGUUCGAGAUCAGCAGUGAUGUACAUUCAAGACUUGAAGUCAGGAAUACGAGAACACCAGUUGCUCAGUUGUUUGGAGUCCUUGCGAGUUUCUCUCAGCAAUAACCCAGUCAGUUGGGUGCAGAACUUUGGCGCAGAAGGAUUAGCAGGACUGUUGGAAAUACUAAAAGGAUUGCAAGAUGAACAAAUGGAUCUUUCAAGCGGUGUGAACCACAAGAUUCAGCACGAAAUUAUUAGGUGCCUAAAAGCCUUCAUGAACAACAAGCAUGGGAUAAAAAUGAUGUUGGAAUCAGCAGAUGGAGUUCUGUUGUUGGUGAAAGUCGUCGAUCCUAGUGCUCCAGCCAUGAUGAUCGAUGCUGUCAGGCUCCUGUCUGCCAUCUGUAUCCUGCAGGAUCCUAACAACAUGCACGAGAAAGUAUUGGAAGCAUUAACAGAGAAAGCGGAGCAGGAGGAUAGUGAACGGUUCAAAGCACUGUUGAAUGGAUUGAAGGCUGAACAAAGUAUACCACUGAAGGUGGCGUGCAUGCAGUUCGUUAAUGCCCUCAUAAUUCCUGCUGAAGAACUUGACUUCAGAAUUCACUUGCGGAGCGAGUUCAUGCGUUUAGGUCUCAAUCAAAUCCUGCCGAAACUGAGAAAAAUUGAAAACGAGGAACUUAAUGUACAGCUGAAUGUUUUUGAUGAACAUGCGGAGGGAGAUACAGAUGAUUUGAAGAACCGUCUGGAUGAUAUUCGGAUAGAGAUGGAAGAUACGAGUGAAAUCUUCCAGAUGCUCCUGAACACCGUGAAGGACUCCAAAGCAGAGCAAUACUUCCUGUCUAUACUUCAGCAUUUUCUUCUGAUUCGUAAUGAUUACCAAGCCAGGCCCCAGUAUUACAAGCUUUUAGAAGAAUGCGUGUCUCAAAUAGUCCUGCAAAAAAAUGGAUGUGACCCAGACUUCAAGUGCAGAAAAAUUACUCUGGAUACGGACCAUUUAAUAGAUAACAUGAUUGACAAAACCAAGGUGAGGAUCAGCGAAACCAAAGCUGCAGAACUGGAAAAAAAGCUUGAUUUGGAGCUGACUACUCGACAUGAACUUCAGGUGGAAAUUAGGAAAAAAGAGACUGAUUUUGAAUCAAAGCUCUCUGAACUUCAAACAAAGCUACAGAUGCUGGAGACGGAUAAAACUGAGGUGGUAACCGAUAACAAGAAGCUGCUGAACGAAAUUAAUCAGCUAAAGGAUGAGAUCACACAAUUAUCUAAGGACCUGGAAGAUGCAAAGACAAAGUUGGCCAACAUUCCAAAAGAAUCUCCAGUUCAAGUUAAUGUCCCACCACCACCACCUCCUUUACCAGGUCAAGAUCCAUCAUAUCAGCUUUCAGGACAAGUGGGAAUACCUCCACCUCCUCCAUUGCCAGGACAAGUGGGGAUACCUCCACCUCCUCCUCCAUUGCCAGGACAAGUGGGAAUACCUCCACCUCCUCCUCCAUUGCCAGGACAAAUGGGAAUACCUCCACCUCCUCCUCCAUUGCCAGGACAAAUGGGAAUACCACCACCACCUCCUCCAUUGCCAGGACAAAUGGGAAUACCACCACCACCUCCUCCACUACCAGGUCAAGGAGGACCUCCACCACCACCUCCACUCCCAGGUCAAGGAGGACCUCCACCACCGCCUCCACUAUUAGGUUUCGGUGGACCUCCACCACCUCCAGGAUUCCUUGGCUUUGCCAAUGUUCCAGUGGUCGCAGCAUUACCCUUUGGGUUGGAACCUAAAAAGGAGUACAAGCCAGAAGUUCAACUCAAAAGGGCAAACUGGCCAAAACUUCUGCCUAAAGAUUUGAAUGAAAAGUGUUUCUGGGUCAAUGUGAAGGAGGACAAGUAUGAGACUAAGGAACUGUUCACGAAACUCACUCUUACAUUCUCUGCCCAGACAAAGUCUAGUAAAGGUAAGACAUUUUUUUAAUUUUUCAAUAUCUGUUAUGAGUUGAUUUCUGAUCGUUUGAAUGUGUUAGAUUGGAUUCUGCAAUUCUUUGAGCAGACAAAAGCUGUCAAAAUGGAACACUGUUCAGAAGAGGUAUUCUACUAAGCUGCACUUCAUGUUGCUGGCCUAUAAUCUUCUUAAUGCAUGUGUAAUAAAGAACAGUUUAAGCAUGCAAAUGGUUCAGUAUGGAAAUAAUUGGACUGAACAAAGCUUAAAUAUAUGCCUGUCUUAAUUGAGUAUGGGGCAGAAAUAGGACAAGGGAAAUAAGUUUUGAUGGUUUUGCUAAUCUGCUAUAGAUUGACUAAUGUACAACUCUGCAACUAAAUAUGUCCUCCAUAUUUCUGAUCCUAAUUUUAUUUUUUUAACUGAUCAUGCAUUUAAUAACCAAUGUUAUUCAAACCAGCCAUGAAUUAAGAGAGGAAGCAGCCAAGUCUUGUAUGGAGCAUUUGCGUUUUAUGCACAUACUUAAUAUAAUCUUUGUGGAUAUAGAAUAU